UUCUCACUCGCUCAAAGGACAAAUCCAGGGGCUUGCUAACAAUAUAUGUAAAACAUACCUCUCAUCACCAGGGAUUUUGGACAAAGAUCGUGCUGACUCAUAUCCUAAAAGCGACCUGACAAAUCCAGGAGCUUACCCUAGAUUCGAGUUUAUGUUAGGCGUUGACCGCAACACUUCGAAGCAGUAUGAACCCAACACAAAUAUCUAUAACCAUGUUAGCAAAGAUCAUGCCGAGUCAUUUCCUAUAAGCGCCCUGGAUUCGAGUUUUAUGUUAGGCGAAGACGCAACACUUCGAGGCAGUUCUCACUCGCUCAAAGGACAAAUCCAAGGGCUUGCUAACAUUAUAUGUUAA